AUGGCGAUCUUCAGGUGGAUGCUGAUUCUUCUGUUGUGGAGCUGUUGCCCAGGAGCCGAGGGCAACCUGCAGCCAGUCCCCAAGUUCGGAGAUGUCUAUCACGUUACAGGGGUUAUCAGCCUGCCCUAUGCUGAAAUCAAGGAGCCCUUCGAAGCCUGGUACAACCUGACCGGAGGCCAGAGCCGUAUCCAGUACUACCACGGCCAAGUGAUCACGUACCAGCUUGGGUCUCUGGAGCCAUUCGGCGCCAGUUUCAAGGUGACCCCAGAAACCACAGAAACCGAGGCCAACGUUCGGAAGUGCUUCCGGGUCAACGGCACGGCUGGGGAUCUCAUCAGCCCGCAGAGCGUCUUCCCCCGCCUGGACGGCUUCAAGCCCGUGCGGGAGGAGUCCUACAAAGGGCAGCUCUGCACCGUGUGGCAGAACGUGUCCUACUGGGGCCGGAAGAAGAACGUCUACACCCUGUGGGUGGCCAUCUCCGCCGACGGCCCCGUGCCCGUCCACUACGAGAUGCGGGGCUUCAACAGCCUGCUGGGCUCCCACUACGACAAGUACGAGAUCGACUACAGCGGCUUCGCCCGCAACUACCCAGCCGAGGUCUUCAGCCUCCCACACGGUCUAAAAUGCGAGCACUGGCCUGGCGCAGGGCCGGAGCACCAGAUCCUGGCCAAUCCAAUGCAGGAAUUUGUCGGGAGAAUUAGAGAAACAGACAGAGUCCAUCACCGGCUGUUCCACCACUACAAGGAGAAGUUCAGGAAGACAUACAGCACCGAGAAGGAGAUGGAACACAGGAAACGCACCUUCAUCCACAACAUGAGGUACAUCCACUCCAAGAAUCGGGCCAACCUGCCCUACAAGCUGGUGCUGAACCACCUGGCCGACCGCACCCCGGAGGAGAUGGCCGUGCUGCGGGGGCGGCUAAAGAGCGGGGCCCCCAACAACGGGCAGCCGUUCCCGUCCGAGGGGUACAAGAGCCUCGUCCUACCAGAGAGCCUGGACUGGAGGCUGUACGGCGCCGUGACCCCAGUGAAGGACCAGGCCGUGUGUGGCUCCUGCUGGAGCUUUGCUACCACCGGGGCGAUGGAGGGCGCCCUGUUCCUCAAGACCGGAGUGCUGACCCCGCUGUCCCAGCAAGUCCUGAUCGACUGCUCCUGGGGCUUCGGGAACCACGCCUGCGACGGCGGCGAGGAGUGGCAGGCGUACGAGUGGAUCAAGAAGCACGGCGGCAUCGCCAGCACCGAGUCCUACGGGCCGUACAUGGGCCAGAACGGGUACUGCCACUACAACCAGUCUGAGCUCAUAGCCAAGGUCGCUGGCUACAUCAACGUAGACCCUGGGAACGUCACCGCCCUGAAAGCGGCGCUCUACAAGCACGGCCCGGUGGCUGUGAACAUUGACGCCUCCCCCAAGACCUUUGCCUUCUAUGCCAACGGCGUCUACUACGAACCUGCCUGUGGAAACAAAACCACAGAGCUGGACCACGCGGUGCUGGCCGUGGGCUACGGGGUCCUGCAAGGGGAGAGCUAUUGGCUCAUCAAAAACUCCUGGUCCACCUACUGGGGUAACGACGGCUACAUCCUCAUGUCCAUGCGGGACAACAACUGCGGGGUGACGACGGCGGCAACGUACCCCGUCCUGGCCUGA